UCAAAUUCUUUUGGACUUGCCGCCAUCUUAUUUUAUGGAAGUCUGCAUGUGGGAAAAUCUGUAAUUUUUCAAAGAUAACUUGUUAAAAACAUAGUUAUCGUUCAAGACAACACCUUUGUCUAAUUUCAAGGGAAGUGGGAAAAUGGAUCGCCCAAGUUCCCACUCCCAAAGAGUACCUUAUGCCAGGAAAGAGGGCCGAAAGUCACUGUUUUCAAAGAUGAAAGACUCUAUGAGGGACAUGCUUUCCCCGUCCUGGUUAACCGAUCUGGUGCACCAUGUGAACAAAGAUUCUCCAACGGAUGACAAAAAUGUGGCAAAGGGCUCUGACCAAAUGACUGGAAUGCAACCUGGGCCCUCGGGUAUGCCGGACAUGACAGCUUCACAAACUCCAGUGUUACCACCAGGCCCAGUUGGUAUGAUGGGUUCAGAUGUUCAGCAGGCAGGGAUGGUUAGAGAUUCGCCAUUCAAAAACAGAGGCACAUUUGUUGGUAAUGGACAACCAAGGACACUAGACUUUGCUGGGGUUGGUCAGGGUGUAAAUCCUAGUGGGACAACGGCAUCACCAUUUCAGCAAGGAAACUUUCCACCUCCAAUAUCGGAGUUCACAUCUGCUCAGCUGCCUUUAGCCCGUGUUACAGAAAAAUCUGAUAGCAUUAUGGCGCAGGAGGAUACAUUGUCACAGAGAAGUGAUGGGUCAAAGUCAACAAGUGGCUGUUCUUCCAUGAUACCCCAGGCAGAUGCACCCCCACGGCAAGGUACGGUGGGUGACAAGAGAAAAGCCCCAGAACAAGUGACUCUAGGAGGCAGCUCGCCACAAGAACAGCAAGCAGCAAAGAGGCAAAGAUUGCAUGUAGGGAGUGCUAGCAAUCAGACAUUUUCCAGGCGUUUGAGCGACUCAUUUGUGAGUAGACCGUCGGUUCCUGCAAUGAGCAGUAGACCAGCUUUCAAUACCUCGCUGUUUGGUUCCCCUCUCAAUAAUGAGUCCUCCCUGUUGGGAACAAGCGUCCAUGAGUCCAGUUUCUACCCAGGUAAAACAAAAUUUGGUGGUCGUUCAUCCUUGUCAUUCAGAUCUCAAAGGAAAAAUGUGGACCUCAACCAGUCAUUGCCAAGCCGGUUGUCUGUACCAGUGAAGGCAUUUAUGAAGGCCAGGCCAAGAUUGAAUCCCAGCAAGGAGGCAGUGACUAGCUCAACUGCUAAAAGAAUCCUUGAAGCCUUGGAUAAAAUGCCAACACCAAUAAAUGAUGCCAAAAGGAUUCCCAUGGUCCCACGUCAGUGGACGGAAAGCCCAUCUUUCUUCUCAAGAGAUACCAGUAGAUCUAUAAGAAGUGGACCACCCACACAGAAGUUAAACAUCAGUUCCCAGGCGUCAAUCAGUAAAAAUAGACAGGUCAGCUUUGCACCAGUCCAACAGCCCAGGGCCUCAACUAGUCAGGUUCCGGAAGAAACCAUUAGCAGGCCUACAAGACAGGACACAGUUAUCUUGAGCAGUGGAGCUGCGGCACCCUCGGGUAAAAUGAAGAGGGACAAGUCAUACCACAGAGGAAGUGCUUCUGUCAAAGCAACACUGGAAGAGGAAGACACUGUCAUUAUACCAGACUUGCAGACAGAGUUUAUGUUGCCUGUAAGUUCUAUGCCCAAGUUCAGUUUUGCAACACCAGCUUCACAGCCAAAAUCGAAUGAGCCUUUCAAAAGUAGUGCAGUUAACAGAUCACCCGUGGGUACAGAGUCACCCGUAAAACAGGCCCUGAACUUCACAUUCUCGUCACCAAUAAUUGAACCUGUACCAGCGAACAAGCCGGCAUCACCACAGAAAUAUGGGGGAUUCCAGUUCAGCUCACCAAUCAGUGUGGAUAAGAAAGAUAGUGACAGUACAGGAUCUACAAACUUCAGUAAGCCACUUACAACAACAACAUUUGGUUCCGGCAACACACCAGCAUUCUCCUUCUCUUCACCGGCUACCAAGUUGAAUAUGGAUGUCAGUUUCUCAACAGCUCCUAAACCCAAGCCUAAGAUCAAUGGUCCUGUAGAACCAGCUGGUGGAGGAUUGCAGGCAGCAUCAGAGCUGAAGCAAGGAAGUGUGAUGGAUAUAUUAGGUGGUGGGAAUUCGAGUAAAUCAUUCUCUUCUAGUACCCCACUGUCAACUGGAUUAAGUGAUUCGCAGGUAUCAAAAGCUCCUCCACCCCUCAGUGCGGUGUUCAAACAGUCUGGCUGGAGUUGUGAUGUUUGCUUGAUCAACAAUAAAGAUGAGGCUGGUAAAUGUGUGGCGUGUCAGUCACCAAAACCUGGUGGACAAAAGCCAGUACCUAUCAGUGCUCCUCCACCCCUCAGUGCGGUGUUCAAACAGUCCGGCUGGAGUUGUGAUGUUUGCUUGAUCAACAAUAAAGACGAGGCUAGUAAAUGUGUGGCAUGUCAGUCACCUAAACCUGGUGGACAAAAGUUAAAAGAUGUAUCCUCUACAAAAACAAGUGACCCAGCAGAGCCCCUGAAGUCGGACUUGUUUGCAAAGUUUAAACAGCCAGGUGGUAGCUGGACAUGUGAUACGUGUUUGAUACAGAACAAACAAGAUGAUACGAAAUGUGUUGCCUGUCAGACUCGGAAACCAGGUUCAGCAUCGUCAAACAUGUCUCCUUUAGUGAGCUCAAUACAGCCUGGUAACUGGAUCUGUAAUAAAUGUCUCAUACAAAACAAAAAGGAUGAUACAAUAUGUGGGGCAUGUAAGGCUGCAAAAUCUACACCCAAGCCAAGUGAAUUAAACAAAUCAGACAGUUUGUUUGCUAAGCUGAAACCAGCUGCAGGUACCUGGGAGUGUGAGGUUUGUCUUGUACAAAACAAGUCUGAUGAUAACUCUUGUGUGGCCUGUCAGACCCCCAAACCACUGAAGUUCUUCAAGCAUCCCCCAGGGGACUGGACAUGUGAUACCUGUCUGGUUAAUAACAAGGAGUCUGCAGUGAAUUGUGUGGCUUGUAAUUAUGCACGUCCAGGGCCACCUCGAACACAAACAGUUCCAAGUAUUGCGAAGUCCUAUACAUUAUCUCAAGCGAGCGGCUUCAACAUACCUAGCACAGAAUCAGGCAGCAUAACCAUGUCUAGCACAGGUGGCUUCAAAUUCACGCCAGCAACAUCAGCAUCCAGUACAAAGUCAGGCUUUGAUGUUUCCAAAUUUAAUGAGAAUGUGAAUAAAAGUACUGAUUCGAAACUUUCAAGUGGUGGAGGAUUUAAAUUCAACUCUGAUUCAAAAUCAGAAACAUCUAGUUCUGGGUUCAAGUUUGGCACACAAACAACUUCAGAAAGUGAUAAAUCUAGUGUUAAUACUGGUGGUUUUAAAAUAAAUGCACCAUCAGGUGAUAAACCAGCAACUGGAUUUCAGUUUGGAAAUAGUGAUACAAAAUCAGAAAACAAAGACGGUCCGUUAAAAUCUGCAGGUUUUCAGUUUGGGAAAUCAGACAGUUCAUUAUCAAAUAUAUCUAGUUCAGUUUCAAAUGAAUCAACAACUGUAGGAGGAUUUGUACUUGGGCAAAAAUCAGAUACAUCAGCUGCCAAAGACGAGUUACAGGCGACAACAUCAGUGCCUGGUGGCUUUACAUUUAAAUCAAAGGACGCUAGUGCAGAAAAGAAAGAUUCAGAUUUAACAAAAUUCGACAAGCACCUCUCAAGUGUGGGCGGAUUUAAUUUUACAUCAUUGACUAGUACAUCAAAUUCAUUGGCCAGCACGUCAAGUAGUUCUAUAGGAACGUUUGCAUUUACAGCUACCAAAGUUACAGAUCCUAGUGUAUUAUCAGGUACCUCAAAGUCAAUAGAGGCAACAAAGCCUGCAGCUGGAGUGUUUUCAUUUGGUCAAAAGCCGGCAGAAUCCAAUACCUCAAAUUCACCUUUCAGUUUUGCUCAAAAGCCUGUUUCUGCGGCAUCACCAAACAAGCGCGGACGGGAUGAUGAUACAGGUGAGCCGGAAGUCAAGAAGUCGUCAUUCAGUUUUGGACAGACUGCCACCAGUAAUUCUUCAACACCAUUCCAGUUUGGAGCUAACAGUGUCGUUACGACAACCACUAGUAGCAGUUCAUCACCAUUUGUGUUUGGUCAGACCCCUGCCACAACAUCAGCUGGCACAGGUUUAUUUGCCUUUGGACAGCAGAAUUCAACUCCAGCUAGUACUGUAGGACAACCAGUAUUUGGUCUUCAGAAUUCCGCUCCAGCCAGUAGUGCGAUACCUUCAGUAUUUGGUCAACAGAAUGCCACUGUAACUACGACAUCAAGUACAAAUUCAAAUUUUGUAUUUGGUGGUUCGAAGGCUGCUCCAGCAGCAAGUACAGGCACAGCAUUGCCAGUAUUUGGGCAAACUAACUCUCUUGCUGCUACCACGACAGCCUCUGCAUCAACACCAUCAUUGUUCCAGUUUGGUCAGGCAAACAGUACUGCUGCAAGUACUCCUUUCAACUUUGGAUCACAGUCAAGUGGUCAAGCUGCAGUAUUUGGUAGUGGUACGCCAAACUUUAACUUUACUGCACAGAAAACUGAGACAUCUACAGCAGCAUCUGCUUCAGGGCUGUUCAAGUUCGGUGGUAAUCCUUCCCAGCCAGCGCCGGCAACAACACCAGCAUUUGGCUCGGGCUCCACAUUUGGUUCAAGUAGUAUUCCUGCAUUUGGUACGGGAGCUGGUUCCACUGGGGCGUUUAGCGGCAAUGCACCAUCGACAACUCCAGCUUUUGGUGCGACUCCACCAGCAUUUGGAUCUAGUAAUUCAAGCACAGGACAGGCAGCUCCAGCAUUUGGAGGAGUGUUUGGUAACAGCAGUCAGCCAGCGGCACCAGCACAAUCAAACUCUGUGUUCCAGUUCGGUGCAAAGCCUGCUGAUGCAGGACAAGCUGCCCCCUCUGCUGGAUUCAACUUCAGUACCAGUGCCAACCCAGCCGGUCUGGGUGCUGGUUCUAGCUUCAACUUCUCGGGACAGGCUCCUGCAGUCAAUGCGUUCAGUGCGACAGGUCCCAGUACGCCAUCGGACGGGAGAAAAAUCAAGAAAGCAGUCCGAAAAAUACGGAGAUGAUUAUGGCUUAACAUCUUAGACAAUAGGCAUAAAAAUAUACAAUACAAUAGAAAUUUAUAGUCAUGUUUUCAUAAUGCAAUCAUGUAAAAAAGAAAAUCCUGUAUUAUAUUGUGAAAUUGAAUAAAGACGGAGAUGUAGUAUAAUUUA